CGCUGCAUUCCUCAGGGCGACGGUGCUCAUGCUCGUGAGCCCUUUCCUGGCUUGUUUCUGUUUCCUAGGGCAACGUUGUGGAUAGGCCUCUCCUCCCCUUUCCUCAAUUUCUCCUUUUAUUCUAUGGGAAUUCAUCCCCUAACUUCCCGGUUGCUUACUGUGCCGGGCCUGACCCCAGGCGUUGAGCACAGCGUGUCACUGUGUACUCCUGCCUAGUUUGGGGAAUUCAGAGGGCUGGAGGCCAGCAACGAUGCUCCCCUGUCUUCCUCCUGCUCUUCCAGGGUGAACAUGGCCAAAGGGUUGAAUGGCGAAAAUGGAAGCGGCAGAAGAAAGAGGAGAAAAAGAAGUGGAAGGACCUCAAGAUAAUGAAAAAACUGGAGCGGCAGCGGGCCCAGGAGGAACAGGCCAAGCGCCAGGAGGAGGAGGAGGAGGAGGCUGCUGCCCAGAGGAGCGACCAAGAAAUCCUGCCUAUCCUCUCCUGCCUAGCUAUUGGCCAUUCAGCUCUUUAUUAAACCAAUCAGAAGGACGGCCUUACACUCUGAGCGUGGCCCUGCCGGGCUCCAUCCUGGACAACGCCCAGUCACCUGAGCUUCGCACCUACCUGGCUGGCCAGAUCGCUAGAGCCUGCACCAUCUUCUGCGUCGACGAGAUCGUGGUGUUCGAUGAGGAGGGCCAGGAUACCAAGACUGUGGAAGGGGAAUUCAAGGGAGUUGGCAAGAAGGGGCAGGCGUGUGUACAGCUGGCCCGCAUCCUGCAGUACCUGGAGUGUCCACAGUACCUGAGAAAGGCGUUCUUCCCCAAACAUCAGGACCUGCAGUUCGCAGGGAUCCUCAACCCCUUGGACAGUCCUCACCACAUGCGUCAGGAUGAGGAAUCCGAGUUCCGAGAAGGCGUUGUGGUGGACCGGCCCACCAAGGCAGGCCAUGGCUCUUUGGUCAACUGUGGAAUGAAGAAGGAGGUGAAGAUUGACAAGAAACUGGAACCUGGACUCCGCGUGACCGUGCGACUGAACCAGAAGCAGCUCCCCCCAGAAUGCAAGACCUACAAGGGGACAGUCGUGUCGUCACAGGACCCCCGCACCAAAGCUGGUCUCUACUGGGGCUACACUGUCCGGCUGGCCUCCUGUCUCAGUGCCGUGUUUGCUGAGGCUCCCUUCCAGGAUGGGUACGACCUGACCAUUGGUACAUCAGAACGUGGCUCCAACGUGGCCUCUGCCCAGCUGCCCAGCUUCAGGCAUGCUCUUGUGGUGUUCGGGGGCCUCCAAGGGCUGGAAGCUGGAGUGGAUGCUGACCCCAACCUUGAAGUGUCUGAACCCAGUGUCCUCUUCGACUUCUACGUCAACACAUGCCCCAACCAGGGCAGCCGUACCAUCCGCACUGAGGUGAGCCGCAGGCACAGGCACCCGGUCCUCCUUGUGAUCCACCCUAGGUGCUUUCUCCCAAGAUUUACUUAUGAGUUCAUGUACUUCUGCACGUCAGAAGAGGACAUCAGAUCCCACGAGACUACAGGUAUAGACGGUUAUGAACCACCAUGUAGAUGCUGGGAAUUGAACUCGGGACCUCUGGAAAAGCAACCAGUGCUCUUAACCACCGAGACAUCUUCCGAGCCUCAGCCUAAAUGCCUUUUCUGAAGGUGGGGUCCUUACCACAGCAAACUCGUGGCAGGGACAGGACACAAGAGCCAUAAAGGUUGCAAGUCCUGGGCCAGUAGUAGUCCCCAGGUACCCUGUCUGUCCCUGUUCAGGGCCUCUGCUUCCUUGGUGAUGUCCUAGGCCCCUCUGGGUGUCAACAACAUUUCUGUGCUGAGGAAAAGUGUCCCACAAGAACAGAGCAUCUGCCGGGCGGUGGUGGCGCACACCUUUAAUCCCAGCACUCGGGAGGCAGAGCCAAGCAGAUCUCUGUGAGUUCGAGGCCAGCCUGGGCUACCAAAUGAGCCCCAGGAAAGGCGCAAAGCUACACAGAGAAACCCUGUCUCGAAAAAAACAAAAAAAGAACA